AGUAACAAUAUAAGCGACAGAACUGAACAAAACACACCAAUGUGGAUCUAUAUUAUCUCCCGGAAACAAUAAUAAAACAAUGGGAAUUAACAAGCUUCUCUGCCAUCACCUGUGCGCUGUAACGGCGACUCACACACUGCUGGUGGAGAAGAAUCCAAGUAAACGGAGAUUCUCACGCAGAUGCCGAUUUGCGAUAGUCAUACUUAUCAUAUCUGUCCUGUUUUGGCAUGGCCUUCCUAACACCGGAAACACAUUGUACUCCACAGUGGGACUGCCAUCAAACGCUACGCAAUAUGAUGUCGUAACACACCAUUCACGUAUGAAAACACGAUUCCAGAAGGAAGGAGCACCCGAAAAUGCAGAAGAUAUUAAAAAUGCAUUCCAAAUACUAUUAAACGACGAGAAACGGAAGAUGUACAGGCGAUUUGGUGAUCUGGAUACGGAUGUCAUUGGCGAGAGUAACGUAGCACUUGUUGCGGCUGCACUCGGAUUGGCGUACCACGCACUGUCGUCUAUCAUAUGCUUUGCGCUUUAUGGUACUAGCCAGAUGGCAUUUACGCGCUAUGUCAUGAUGCUAUAUAGCUCAAUAGCAUUUGCACUUGAAAUGGAGUGCCGUUUCGUCACUGCCAAUUCCAUAUUCAAGAAUAUAUUCUACGUCAAUAAGCUGCUGCCAUUCCAGCAAAUCGCACUGCUCAGAGGAGCAGCUCCAGCUAUCGCACUUUUCCUCAACGCCAUAUGUGCACGUUUAUUCGUCGAUAUAGAGAGGCUGUCUUACUUCCUAUGGCAUUCAUCGGUUACUACCAAUAGAGUAAUACUGGAGAAAAUGGUAGACGUCGUCGAUGCGACCAACUACAUACGCUCAAUGGGACCGAAGUCAACCGCACACGUCAAGUUAAAUAAAUCAGUACAACAACAGCUUAAUGUAAGCAGUGAAGAUGAAACUUCUGAGGAAAAAGAAGAUGACAGCCACGCAUCAGAUGAUACUGGGAAAAUAGUAAAAAUACUAGAAUCAAUGGAUGUAUCGCAACGUAAAAAAGUAGCCAAACUACUGGAAAAAUCGGAGGGUGACAACGAAACUGAGGAAGCCGCCAGCUGGUUUGAAAGACUGAAAACUCCAGCUAUAUACUUUGCAUUAUUCGUGUUAUUCAAAUAUUACUGGAAGUAGGACUGCACUGAACACAUGUGCACAGACACGUCACGGCUUUGCACGUGAGUCGAGAGCACAAAGAUGGCAUGUCAGAUAGAAUAACGGCAAUGCCCUUAUUCACAGAUGACAUGCUAAAAAACCAACGAGGUGAAGUCGUGCCUUUAGCAGACCUCGCAGGAAAAUCAGUAGGACUCUUGUUCUGUGACGGUGACACACCAAUAUGCCUGGCAACAA